CCUUAAAUGCAGAGUCACACUUGAUAGCUGCUCAUGAAGCAACUUCUGCCCCACACAGCACGACGGGAGCACUUGGACUGCGACACCAUUGGGAACAGGUAGCAUGGUGCUCCUGCUCAGUGUCAUCCUGACCUUGGGGGUGUCCUGGGCUCAGGAACAAGUUCAACCUUGUGGUUUUCCAGAAAUAAAACAUGGAAGUCUAUAUAAUGAAAAUAAAUAUAAAUCAUACUUUCCAGCAGCCAUAGGAACCUGGUUUUACUAUUCCUGCAAAGACAACUUUGUGACUCAUUCAGGGAACUACUGGGAUUACAUUACUUGCACACAAGAAGGAUGGUCCCCAGCAGUACAGUGCCGCAGAAAAUGUAUCUUCAAUUACUUAGAAAAUGGUGUUUCUCCACAACAUGAAAAAGAAUAUAUGGAGGGUGAAUCUCUAAGAGUCAACUGUCAUGCUGACUACACUUUUCCCGAUCAGCAGACCUCAAUGACAUGUACAGAGGAUGGCUGGUCCCCUCCUCCCGUAUGCCGUGUCAAAUACUGUGGUAUGCCGGUGUUCGCGAAUGCCACAGCUGUCAUUACUGGUGCACGGUUUGGAGUAAAUGACACAUUAGACUAUAAAUGCCUGGAUGGAUAUGAAAACCGAGAUGGAAAAAAAGCAGGGUCCAUGGUAUGUGGUGAGGACGGCUGGACCCACUUGCCUACAUGCUACAAAUCUACAGAAAAGUGUGAACGUCCUCCAUCCAUUAGCAAUGCAGACUUCACUUCCCUCCCAUUAGCAGUGUAUCCUCCAGGCUCAAGAAUUGAAUAUCAAUGCCUGCCCUACUACGAACUCCGGGGUUCUAAGUACGUAACAUGUAAUGAAGGAAAGUGGUCAGAACCACCAAGGUGUAUAGAUCCAUGUGUAAUAUCUGAAGAAAACAUGAAUACAAGUAACAUACAAUUAAAAGAAAAAGAUGACACAACGUACUAUGUAAAAACCGGGGAUCUCGUUGAAUUUGUGUGUAAAUCGGGACACACUGCAGCAUCAUCACAGCAAUCAUUUCAAGUAGUGUGUGGAGAAGGGACACUGGAGUACCCCAGAUGUGAAUAAAGAAGCAGUUACCCCACAUAUCCGGCCUCUUCCAUCUACUGCGCUUAACUGUCUGAGCUGCUAAGAAAGCUUCUGAUAGCUUGCUGCUAUGUUCUACUUUACUUCAAAGAAAAUACAAACAAUACGGUAGUCUCAAUUUUCAACUUAUCUUCCCACAAAUGUGUUAAAAAAACUAUACCAUCCCUUACACUUGUACUAGAUGAUAGUUAUUUUCCAGUCCCAGGUAUUAGACUACUUACCAAUAUAUUAAUAAACACACAAAUAUGCUAAUUAUAUGCUUUCUGCAUAUGUAAUAGAGUAUGUGCACAUUCAAACAAAAUAAGUGAGCCUAGAAUUUAUUGGGGGAAAUGAUACAA